GUUGAGUCGUCGGGUUGAGGAGGAGUGCGGUUGGAGUGCGAGAGGGUCGCGGCCGCGAUGAUCUGACAGAUGAAAUAGCGAAAAAAAAGAAAGAGAAGGCGGUCGUCCUCCCACACAAAACAAUGUUCCCCAAAGGCAAAGGCACCCCGGUGCCGUCGGACGGCCAGGCGCGAGAAAAGUUGGCUCUGUACGUGUAUGAGUAUUUGUUGCACAUAGGAGCACAGAAGUCUGCACAGACCUUUUUAUCAGAGAUCCGAUGGGAGAAAAACAUAACACUUGGAGAACCCCCUGGAUUCCUACAUUCCUGGUGGUGUGUAUUCUGGGACUUGUAUUGUGCUGCACCGGAGAGGAGAGAGACAUGUGACCACUCCAGCGAAGCGAAAGCCUUCCAUGAUUACAGUGCAGCAGCAGCUCCCAGUCCUGUGAUGGGAGGGAUUCCCCCUGGUGAAGGCAUGCCAGGAGGACCCAUGCCACCCGGCUUUUUCCAGGGUCCUCCUGGUCCCCAGGGCUCUCCUCACCCUCAGCCUCCUCCCCCUAACAGUAUGAUGGGACCUCACAGUCAGUCUUUCAUGUCGCCUCGCUUUGCUGGAGGCCCGAGAGGUCCCCCCAUCAGGAUGGCCAACCAGCCACCAGGUGGAGGACCGGGUCCUCAUCCCAUGCUGCCCAACAUGGACCCAACACGACCACAAGGCCAUCCUAACUUGGGGUCAAUGCAGAGAAUUGGCGGCCCUCGAGGCAUGGGACCCAUGGGGCCUGGCCCUCAGAACUUUGGUGGAGGAAUGAGGCCUCCACACAACACCAUGGGUCCCGGUAUGCCAGGAGUCAACAUGGGCCCAGGGACUGGUCGGCCAUGGCCCAAUCCCAACAAUGCCAACUCUAUGCCUUACUCAUCACCGUCUCCUGGUGCAUACGGGGGUGCCUCUGGAGGUGGGGGGCCCCCAGGAACUCCCAUCAUGCCCAGCCCUGCAGACUCAAACAACUCUGGUGACAAUUUGUACACCAUGAUCAACACUGGACCCGGCAACCGAAAUAAUUUCCCUAUGGGCCCCGGCUCUGACGGACCCCUGGGAGCUAUGGCUGGGAUGGAACCACACCACAUGAACGGGUCACUAGGCUCCGGUGAUUUGGAUGGAAUGAACAAGAAUUCCCCAAACAAUUUAAGUGGCAUUAGCAAUCCUCCUGGGACCCCAAGGGAUGACGGGGAGCUGAGUGGAAACUUCCUCCACUCCUUUCAGAGUGAGAACUACUCUCCAACCAUGACGAUGAGUGUGUGACCUCCCCUCCGCCCAACCCGACAUUAUUUGCCAUCAUUCCGAGGAUCUGAACUCACUAUAGGACACGGCCAAACACAUCAGCACCGAAUCAGGGACAGGCGCCAUUUUGGUUCCACACUAACGCCAGAAUGCUGAUCGGAGAAAAAAAUCCAAAUGGCUGGCGACUACUGCUCCUUACUCAAACAUGAAGGACAAUUUCUCCAUUUAUCACAACCCCAAGUGUGACGAAACCAGCUACUGAAAAUGCAUACAUGACACGUUUUAUGUUCUUUGCAGAGCCCCCCCAUAACCCUCCUUCAGCCCCGCUAGAGCGAAGAGGAAAAAAAAAUGGUUGAAGUUUACCUCUUGUACUUUUUAAUUAUUGCUUUGUGGUGCAAGAUGUGCAGGAAAUGUCUCCGCUUUUGUCACUUAAAACACUGGAGAGUGUGCAUAUGCAUUGUGAGCUUGGAAA